GGCGACCCGUCGAGAUACUUCCAGGACCAUUAUCAACAUCCUGCCUGUCUCGUGGCUAUACAACAUGGGCAGUGCAGUGCAGCAACCAAUGUACCAAAUACCCAAUGUAGCAAAUACCCACCAUACCAGUAUAACGGCUUUUCCGGUGACUUCCCUGCUGCCCUCGACCUUCUACACGGCCUCGUUAAUGUUCCUCAUUGGUAUCGAAGCGCGAAUGGUUUAUGUGCGUCGAAGUAGAAUUAGCAAAUCGUCCGUACCCCCAUCGUCAUUCUUCAGCAAUCCACUUUAUAUGGUUCUCAUUGCCUUGUUCAAGUGACAUCGCCGAGUGUCGUUACCGGUAGAACGGUAUAGAUUGAUGAUCCACAGCUUUUGAACUAAACCCACCAUAACCCAUGAUACUAGAUAUACUUCUUUCGUUGGUCCGUCCCCUAAGUUCAAGCUAAUGUUGACAUAGGAAUUGACUCGAACUGGUCAUUUUCUUGAUGUCGUGCAUCAAAAGCUGCUUAACAAGAGCCAAAAACACCCGUUAGCCGUACGGGGCUGGAAACCCUUUUACGGUACGGUAAACAAUAGCGGUUCAACUGCUGGCAGCUUUCUGGAAAAUAAAACUGAAACAGAAAAUCCCUUUUCUGGACUAAUGCGGGAAAAUAUUACUCUGGCCCCCACUUGCCCCUCUGGCUCCGUGGUCUUGCGUGUUCUUUUCGGCACACGGAAACACUCAGAAUUGAGGCACAGAAUUCCCGACUGACUGGCAGCUCUGCCCGCAUUUCCACUCUUGAAGUGGGUUACAGUAGGAAGGAACCGAUCUGCGACAGCAAGGGAGUUCCCGUGGCGGGCGAGCCGCCACCAGGAGGGUGAGGCCGCUGCUCAAAUACAUCUUCAGCAUUACAUCAGUCUCUUCUAACCAUGUCUGCCUUCCCACUUGAAGUCGAUUUGGAAGUGGAUACGCCAUGAGCGCUUCUGUGGCUAUACUCCAUUAUGUAAAGUCAACGAGUAUUGAAAAGUGGCUCAACACAACGCCCUUAACGCCCAAAAUCUGAUAGGGCAGCAAUCUUUCAUUCUCAGUUCUGGGCUAGUUGUGGCCGGCACUUUUUAUGUGGAUGGUUCGCUACCUUUAGCUGCUUGUUAAAUCGGACCAUAGAACGACUCAUAUCUUCGUUGGCUUGUUAGGUUUUUUCCAUGAGAUAGCAGUGCAAAAUGACUUCCCGGAAUGGCGGUGAAGAUAAUUGUGGAGUGGUUAACGAAGUGCUUCGUAGAUAUUGAUUUCCCUCUUCGAGACGAUGGCGUGGACUUUUGAGAAAACACUACUCAUGGUUCUCAGCACAUUCUGCAGAUGUGUCCAUGGUCACGUUCUGGCCCUUGAGUCUAAGGUAUGGGUACAUGGAAUCCAGAACAAGGGUCCAAUUGGAGAUGUUUUUGGAGGCUGCGAGUCUCAGUAUAUCAGAAUCCGACGAACAGAGAGAAUCCCUUAUUGAUACCAUUAUUGAUACCUACUGUCUGGCCUCUUUUAUUGGGCCGAAACAGUAUUCACCCAAUCUCUUGUGGCUUCGGGAUUUGUGAGUUGCAGUUGGAUGGCAUAUACGGAGUACUCACACGCAGCCUGCAGAUACUGUAGGCAGCCAAGGGCACUUCCUUUGUUGGACACGUCACAUGCGUCUGUUGCAUCAACUAGUUUAGCAGUAGCUGCUUUGUACAUUUCUUUACAACUCUCGGAAAAGGGAGCAGUCGCAUUUCUGUUGUCAAAACACACGGGCACUUUGAUGUACCAUUGUCCAGUGAUCUCAAGAGAACAUGGAGCGAACACCGCCGAUCGAACCCGAGAAUCUGGAUGAGAAGCAACGUCCUCUUUAUGAUGCCAUUUCUGGCGUUAUGGAUACUCAUUACAAGGGCAAGUAAGGAACGUCCCACCGCUUUCUUCUCUCAAAUGCCAGCUAAAGUUGGUGCCACAAGAUUUGCCUACAAGACUCCCAGCGGAGCGUUUCUCGGACCCAUGCAAACCCUACUCUAUACCCCCAGCCUAGCAAACACUAGCUUCGCCCUCCAACAACAAUUAGCGACGCUCCCUGGUCUUCCCAAACUUGCCAGGGAGACGGCAAUCCUUACUACAUCUGUUCUUUACUGCAACGAAUACAUGCAGUAUUCUCAUGGCAUCCUCGCCGAGGCCAACGGUCUUUCCAACGAGCAAAUCGCGCUUAUCAAGGCAGGCCGAAAGCCGGAUACCCUUGAUACUGCAUCUAGUGUCGCUUAUGAUGUUGCAACCGGGAUUAUUGCACAAAAGGGCCCUCUGGGUCAAGAACUGUGGGAGAAUGGGGUACAGGUUUUGGGGCGGGAGGGAAUGCUUGCGCUUCUUCACUAUGUUGGUUUCUACUCCUACACCAGUAUCGUUUUGAACGGAUGCAACAUCGAGGCGCCGACCCACAAUUGA